AUGCUCCGUUGGAUUAUCCAAAGAGAUAUCAUAGCCAUACCAAAGACAUCCAAAACACACAGACUUCAAGAAAAUAUUAAUAUUUUUGAUUUUCAAUUAACUGACGAAGAAAUGGGGAAAAUAUUUGCGUUAAACAAAAAUAAGAGAAUUAUAACUGUAGAUAUGUCUGUAGAUCAUAGAGAAUAUCCAUUUGCUAUACCAUACCGGCGCACCAUUCGGCGGCAGUUAGGCAACAUUCGCUUUCAGUUAUACACACAAAUUCCAUCCAUAAAUCUGGUGGACGGCCGCAAAAUCCCAAUUAUAGGGUUGGGUACCUAUGCUCUGACCGAUCAGCAAGAAGUCAUGGAUCGUGUUAUCAACGAUGCCUUUGAUAUUGGUUACAGACAUAUAGAUACGGCUUAUGUCUAUCAAAAUGAAGAGCUUAUCGGAAGAACUUUGAAAAAGAUGUUUGAGUCAAAUAAGACUAAACGGGAGGACCUGUUCAUCACAAGCAAAGUGUGGAACACAUAUCACAAGAGGUCACAAGUGGUUGAGGCCAUGAAGUUUUCGUUGAAUAUGUUGGGCAUCGAGUACUUGGAUCUAGCAUUAGUUCACUGGCCGGUGGCCUGGAGAAGUGGCACCGGAUCUCUCAGACCUUUGGAUCAGAAUAAUAAGACACAAAAUGUUGACAUA